AUGGCGGAUGAGGGGCGGCCCAAGCCGGCCCAGAAUCCCGCAGGUCGCGAGGUCGGCAUCAUCAAGUCCGAGGAGGAGGACGACGAUCGUCACCACCGCCCACAGCCGCUCCAGCUCGGCGGCGACAAUAAUACCAGCAACAGCAACAGCAACAAUGGCACCAACAACGGGAGCCAAAAUGACAACAGAGGCGGCGGCGGCGGCGGCGGUAGUGGUAGCGCGGUAACUCUGCCAUCGUUUAGGGAAGCUUAUGGCACCUAUGCCCGUUACGAACCUCCGCGCCCGCCGCACCAUGACCCAGCCGGCCGUCCCAUGCCAGGCCCGCCCCGGCCGUACGGCGAGGACCCGAACCAGCAUCGCCUUCCUGGUCCCCCUGGACCCCCUGGCCUCCCGGGUCCACAUGGCCCGCCCGGCCCUCCCGGGCCUCCCGGCCCUCCCAGUCAGCACGGCGGCCCCCCGGAUCCUUACGCUUCUCGCAUGCACCCGCACCCCGAGCAGGGAUACCGCGACAGCUAUCCCUACGGCGCCCCGUAUCACCCGUACCAAGACCACCCUCCCCCUCCGCAUGGCCAGUACUGGCCUCAGCAGCAAAUGCCGCAGUACCAGAAUGGUCCGCCUGAGACUGCGCCACGCCAGCGCACUUCUAUUGCGUGCAAGUAUUGCCGUAAACGCAAGAUUCGCUGCAGCGGCUAUCAGAAUACCCCUGAUGGCAAAUGCACGAACUGCAAGAAGACGGGCAACGACUGUGUGUUUCAGCCUGUCUCCUCGACAACCUCUACAGCCUUUGUACCAGUGUCUGCUAUCCAGGGUGGCGUGCCUCCUGGCACCCCGCUGUACGGCGCUUUUGGCCAGCCACUUGGCCCCAAUGGGGGACGUGGCCCCAACGGUCCUCCCGGCAGCGGCCCUCCUCCCAGUGCUGGCCCGAUGAAUGGGCCCGGAGGCCACCCUGGCUACGGCCCGACUUCUCCCGGCGCUGGUGGUUUCUACCAGCAGCAGCCUCAUGGCCCCCCGCAUAUGGAUCGUGGACCCCCGUAUGGACCUCCGCACCCGUCGUCUCAAGCUCCUCCUCCGCCCGGUCGCCAGUUGCCGCUUCCGUACCCUCAGCACCAGCAGCCUGCCGGCUACCCCAGUGAAGACCCGCAGCGCGCUCGCAAGCGGACCCGCGAAGAAGAGGAAGCCGAAUUCCCGAACCGUUUGCCGCCACCGCCUCCCUACGGCAACUACCCGCCCGCCAGUCACGAAAUGGGCUACUAUCGCGGACCAGAGGACGCCCGUCGUUCCCCGCCCUCGAUGAAUGGUUCUGCCUCUGGACCCGGCUCCGCUGUCUCCCCCUCGACUAGUGCUCCCCGUGGCUACGGGACGCCUGCACCUCCGGUACUUCCGCCACCCCCUAUGUCCUCUGUGGGUACCGACAGUACCAGCGCCCGUAGCAACGGUAGUGUUUCGGGUACCACCGCCACACCACCUACGGAACACCGUGGAUCCAGAUCGCCAAGUGGUGAAGCGGAUGACAAGUCUAAAUUUCCGGCGUCUGGCUACUACGCGUUCACUUUUCAAGCCAACAACGUGCGCGAGCCAAAGGCUGGCGGGGACAUUGACAACUCCAUGCUGAGGCGAUUUUGA